GAUUUGAAAGCAAACGUGUAACCGAGGAGGUCGCUGGACAACAUGAAGCAGGUCUGGAUCCUCAUUUUGAUUUUCUCUGCUUCGGGUUUGAGCUCAUCCAAUACAACAACGUUUCUGAUCUCAGCUCCAGAGAUGCUGCAUGCCGGUGCACCCACUCCACUGGCUGUCACCCUCUUCUCUGACUUUUCUGCGAGCGUGACAGCUGAGUUGGUGCAUGGCAACACCAAAGUAGCUCUGACACAGAACUUCCAAGGAGGUUCAACCAGUGUUGUUUUUCUUCCUCCUCUUCCUGGCUCCAUACCAGACAACUCCCUCUUGAAGUUGAACGUUUGGGGCUACAAGGACAACCGGAUCAUCUUUGCCAACACGACCGACAUCACCUUCAGCCACAGGAAUGUCUCUUCCUUCAUUCAAACGGACAGAUCGUCUUACAGACCGGGCAGCACCAUCAAAAUCAGAGUUGUGUUUAUCCAGCUGGAUAACCGUCCCUACAGAGGGAAACUGAACAUUUCUCUGCAGGAUCCUAGUGGAGAAACUGCUGCUAAAUGGGAGUCCACAGGGAAUCUGGGAAUUUUCGUACAACAAUUUGCUUUGCCACCGAAGUGUCCUCUUGGAAAAUGGAUGAUAACAACAGCAGAAAAUGACGCAACUGACAAGAAAGCGUUCACUGUGGAAGAGCCUGUUGCUGAGGCUCCUCGGUUCGAAGUGUUGGUCAAGACGUCUCCAUGGGUCCUCGCCGGAGACGACAUUCCUGGAUCAGUUCGAGCACUUUAUCGCAGUGGACAACCUGUACAAGGGACAUUAGAGGUUAAUCUAACCUAUAAUAUAGCUACCAGCAGUCCCCCCUCUUUCUUGCAGGUCAAACAAACCAAGAAGAUUUAUGGAUCAGCGCAAUUUAUAUUUAGCAAAGACCAACUUCAGGGUCUGCAAUCUACGGCGGGCAGCAGGGAUUCGGUUGUGGUGCACAUCUCUGCCCGUGUUCAUGACCCCUCCACAGGAUAUGAAGUGAACAAAUCUGCUGAAGUCCACAUCACUCACAGCCCCUACCAGCUUCAGUUCCUCCAUUUUUCUCAACCUCUAAAACCUUCGUUAGACUUCUCUGCAAGACUUCAGAUAUCUAGAUAUGACAAAAGGCCUCUUGGCUUAGAGGAGCUGCUGAACUCUGCAGUGGUUGAAGUCACUCAGACUGACUCCUCCAGGAACGCCAAAAACACAACUCUGAUGCUUCCUGUGGCCGAGAACGGGACUGCCAAAGUUCAAUUCAAACUCCAGGAGCACAUUGCGGCACUUUUUAUUACAGCCAAAUUCAGAGCCAGUCAGCAGAGUCUGACGCUCUACAACAACUACUCCUCCCCGAGCGGCUCCUAUGUUCAGAUCUCACAUGACAGUGAAACACCUGCACAGAUUGGAUCACCCCUUCAACUUAAUGUAGAGAGUACAUUUAAACUGGGGAGUCUUCAGUAUGUGGUGAGCUCCAAGGGUCAGGUGGUGGCAGCUGGAACCAAAAACUCCUCGUCUUUCUCCCUGACUCCAGACCUUUCCUGGUCCCCCCAGGCCUGCGUCACUGUCUACUGCCUGCUUUCUGAUGGAGAGCUUAUCAGUGAUUCUGUGUUUAUACCUAUCCAAAAACACAAUCUUGUACGAUCAUCUUUAGUUAAACAAUUGGUUUCUUUAUUAGGUACACCUCACUUGUAUCCUUCAAUAGGUAUUCUACAGUUACAGCAAAUGUGUCAUGAUUAACACAUUGAGCAGCCAAUGGGAGGUAGAUACGCUGUACUCAUACAAGGAUCAUCAUGGUCAACAGCAGCUUUAUGGUUGUCUGGGAAGUUGAAACCAUUCUCAAUUUGUACAGAGCGGCAAAAAAAAUCUCCCCCAUCCCAUGACACCACCACCGUUGGCCUAAUUUAACCAAGUAAAAGAUACCUUACACCCACCGGGGUGGGUGUAAGUUAUCUUUACGGGCGUUACGGGUGAUACGGGUGUUUUCCACAUUUGACCCUUGCCCUGAGGGAGGGUUGAG